AUGCUCUUCUGCCCUUACUGUGCGAAUAACUUGACGAUAGGGGAUAGGGAGGAUAGUAAUGACAAGUGCUGGAUAUGCCCCACUUGUCCAUAUCAGUAUAUCAUCGACCGACAGAUAUCAAUGAGAACCCAUCUGAAACGAAAGGAAGUGGAUGACGUUUUGGGAGGUAAAGAAGCUUGGGCGAAUGUAGAUAAGAUUGAUACUGCCUGUCCUAAAUGCGAUUUCAGAAAAGCAUAUUUCCGUCAGUUGCAGAUUAGGUCGGCGGAUGAACCGAUGACUACUUUCUACAAAUGCUGCGAAUGUGCUCAUCAAUGGCGAGAAAACUAG